AGUUACGCGGUUGAACGUCGACGCUUGGCUCUGAUACUCAACGAGCGGCCGCCCUGUUGCCAGCUGUUGUGCCGAGAGUUUUGAGAGGAGCAUUGUUGAUAUUAUGAGAUAACUGGAGUUUUUGAGUGGCUGACGGGAUCUCAGUGCGCUGGUGACGUUUGUGGUGCGAGGGGAGGCUGGGGACUCGUCGUUUUGAGUUUGUUGAGGGGUUUUUUGGGGUGGUUGGUGGCCACGUGCUUUGUAGGGGGUUAGGCCGCCCGGGAAGAUGGAUUUUACGGACAUGAUCGCGGCGCUGAGUCGCAGAGACACAGUUCAAUCCGCCCCAAGGGUCCAGCACGACUCAUCAUUGAUACCUCAGGAGCUCUACGAUGUUCUCGAGAGUGGAGUCACUCCCUCGGAAAAAUUCUCACAGACUUCGCAGCAGUAUUUGAAAGUGCUGAAAGGUCUCUCCUCGUUCAAAGACAUCGACCAGGAUAUCUACUGGUACCUCUGGAAGCUGCUGCUGUACCUGGAGCAGUACCAGGGGAUUGUCGAGUGCAGGAAGUACUCCCUCUCUGGGAAGAGGCUCCAGAGGGCAUCUAUUAGAAAGGGAGAAUACGUCAUUUACGUGCCUGGAUUGGAGGAGGACAGACCCUCGAUUCGUGCUAGGGACUGGGUGGACAUCACCUCAGUUAAUGGAACAGCCCAGACUGCUGCAGAGAUCAAAUUCGUGGGGGCUAACUACAUUUCAGUUCUUGUCGACAAUAGGUUUGCUCUCAAGUAUUCGACUGAGCAAUUAUAUGACAUCGCGUUUCGCUGGUCAGACUGGGAGAGCAAUAAUCUGAAUUUUGCACUCGAUAAAGUGAAGAAAUUCAAUCUUAUGCGAAUGGUAUUCCCGAUUGGUGGAAAAUAUAACAAUGCAAAGCAUGAAAAACUCACUUGGGUGAAUAAAAACAUAGAGGAGAACCCAGAGCAGCAGCAGGCAAUCUUGAACAUCCUAGCUAAAACCUCCCAGCCGGACCCCUACAUUCUGUUCGGUCCCCCAGGGACCGGCAAGACCUCCACCCUCAUCGAGGCGAUUCUCCAGAUCCACAAGCGCAACUCCUCGACCCGAAUCCUCAUCUGCACCCCCUCAAACUCCGCAGCAGACGAGAUAGCCCUCAAACUCCUGCGUCACUCUCCCGAUCUAAUCGGAGAGAGCGCCCUGUACCGCCUCUACAGUGCCUCCAGGAACAUCGACGACGUCCACGAGUCCAUAAAGAGCGCCUCGAACCUCGCCUCGGACGAAGCAAUCUUCCUCCCGAAGGAUGUCUUCGUAACAAAAAAAAUUGUCAUCGUGACCCUAGCCACAGCAAUCAGGGUCUACAACUACUCCCUGAAGGAGGACCACUUCGGCUAUCUCUUCAUCGACGAGGCAGGACAGGCAACCGAGCCCCAGACCCUCAUUCCCCUCCUAACAAUGUGCGGUUAUCACGUGGAAAUGAAUGGCAAACCCCGCGGUCAGGUGGUGAUAGCUGGAGACCCCCAGCAGCUGGGCCCCUCCUGCCAAUCGAGACUGUCUGCUCCCAUUCUCUCUGUAUCUAUGCUCGAGAGACUCAUGUCCUGGGGGCCUUAUCAACGCUCUGAAGCCACUGGCUACGACCCCAACUACGUGACAAAACUCGUGAGGAACUACAGGUGUCACCCAGCGAUCCUCCACGUCCCCAAUAAGCUGUUCUACGACGGCGAGUUGGUCCCCUGCGGUGGGGCCCACACGAAACGGGCCAGCAACUGGUUCUACCUACCUAGGAAAAAGUUUCCUGUGAUGUUCCACGCGGUUAAAGGGGACGAGCACCGAGAGCGUUAUUCCCCAAGUGUCUACAACCCCUACGAGGUGCGGGUGAUCGUUGACUACGUUAAGAAGCUGAUUGGGAGUAACUUAGGGGGGAGACUGAUCAAAGAGGAGGAGGUGGGGAUCGUCACGCCUUACAGGCUCCAGAAGGCGAAGAUAGUCGAGGCUCUGGAGAAGACGGGUCUGACGAACAUAGCGGUGGGGACUGUGGAGAUAUUCCAGGGACAGGAGAGGGACGUCAUUAUCAUUUCUACUGUCAGGUCGGUUCUCUACAGGUGGGCAGGGGGGAAGAUUCACAUUGGGUUUCUCUCGAAUCCCAAGAGGUUCAAUGUCGCUGUGACGAGGGCCAAAGCUCUUCUGAUUGUCAUUGGGAAUCCCCUGAUCCUGCAGCACGAUGAGUGCUGGAGGGAAUUCAUGCAGUACUGUUUGGAUAAUAAUGCCUGGUGUGGGCCCAAGCAUCUUCUGGAGAAGUAUGUCAGUCACAGGGAGAUUGCGAAGCUCCUGGGGAGGAGGCACGAGGCCAGACCCAGGUGGGAUCCAAAUGCCAAUUUACCGGUGGUCGAGGACCCCACGUCUGCCAAGAAUUAUAAAGCUGUUGAUGAGGAGAGGGGGGUCAGGAGGAGGAGACUUCCGGUGGGGUGGACUGAGACAGGCUCUGAUUGCUCGGGGGAUACUCUGAGGAAUAUGGAGGACUUUGAGUACUGGCCGGAGGAGUACUCCGAUCAGUCCAGGGGUGAUUCUGGGGAUGAGGAGUCUGAGGAGGGCGGGGAUGAUGAAGAGAUUAUGGAGUUCUGUGAUUCGAGUGAUUCCAAGACUGGAUCCUUGAGGGAGGAGCAGAAAGAGAAGGAGGAGGAUGGACUUUUCAAGAAGUUGAGGAGGCGAAUGGAGGAGCUAGAGAUCUCCUCUAGUAGUUCUACCAAUUCUGCAAACUGACGUCAGUAUUUUAAGGUUUUUUUUUGGGUGAGGGUGGGCGGUUCGGGUGGGGAGUCACGAGGGUAUGUUUUUGGGAAGCAAACAACUUACUUUCACGAGGAAAACUUUCUCAUCAAUUAUUCAUUAUGAAGAGUUGUUUUUUAUCAAAUUAAUUAUGAUUUAUUGGAGGACUCCUCGUCAAUUGCAUUAAUGAUGUUAUAAGAUAAUUCUUUAAAGGAUGGUAACGAUGAAGAGAAUAUCGAAAUAGAGAUAAUUACUUAUUUUUUAUGAAACGAAAUGACAAUCUACAAUGCAAAACAUGUUUCUUUGAAAGAUUGAAUAUACAAUAAACUGAUGGGGGCAUGUUUUAAUUAA